CGCGUCGGGAAUGAAAAGGGAGGGGAGCAUCCUCUCCCGUUGUUCUUGCUGCCGGCGUCGUAGACGCGUGCGUAAAGUUGCCGAUCUGGACCCACUCCCGGCUGUGUUACUGGACCGGACCACUGGCCACUGUGUGUUUGACAGUGAGAUGGGAUGCGAUUCGGUCCUGCGAGCGUUGCGACAGCUCAGUGAAAGGUCUCACAAGUGUCUCAGUCUGUCAGACGAGCAGCACGCGUCCAAACGAGGUGGAGGGGGAAAAAAAGGAGGAGGGGGGUACAGGAGAGGCAGACAAUGCGGUUUUGCGAUGCGUUCGUUCCUCUGUACAAUUUAUACACACAUCCAGGAAAAGACGAUAUGAAGAUGUGGGAGAAGAAUUCCUCCUGAUUUGGCUUUUUAUUGAUUUGAUUUAUUUAACAUUCGCUCUGGCAUCUUUCCUUGCUCUUUGAUUGAGAACAAAAACCGCGAUGAAAUUUCCAAUAGAAACCCCGAGAAAACAAGUUAACUGGGACCCUGAACAAGUGGCGGUCCAGACCAACCUGGUCCCUCCCAAAAAGGUUCAGCCUGGCAUGGUGAAGUCGACUCUAGUCCAGGCCAGUGUUGCCACCAUGCAGAAUCCAAUGGGCGGCGACCCAAAGGCCAACGGCCACUGUCCGCUGCCACGCCUGUCCAUCUCCUCCCGCUCUGCCAGCGUGGUGGCCAGCAUGGACGCCAGCUGUGACGGCACGAUCGCAGCCCUCCACUCAGUGAUGAAGUGGAAGACAGUGCUGGCGGUGUUCAUCGUGGUCGUUCUCUACCUGGUUUGCGGAGGUCUGGCUUUCAAGGCGCUGGAGAUGCCGUUUGAGAGAUACCAGAAGACCAGCAUCACCCUAGAGAAGGCUUCGUUCCUGGAGAGACACCCCUGUGUUACUCCAGACGAGCUGGAGGCGAUCAUCAAGCAUGCCAUCGAUGCUGUUAGUGCAGGAGUGAGUCCUAUCGGAGACACAUCCUACAACUCCAGUCACUGGGACAUGGGCAGUGCCUUCUUCUUUGCUGGAACAGUCAUCACAACCAUAGGUUAUGGAAACAUAGCUCCAAGCACUGAAGGGGGGAAAAUCUUUUGCAUUCUUUAUGCCAUAUUUGGCAUUCCUCUGUUUGGCUUCUUGUUGGCGGGGAUUGGAGACCAGCUCGGCACCAUCUUUGUGAAAAGCAUCUUGAGGGUUGAGAAGAUAUUCAGGCAAAAACACAAACAAAUCAGUCAGACUAAGAUCAGAGUGACGUCCACCAUCCUGUUCAUCCUGGCCGGCUGCAUUGUCUUCGUCACCAUCCCAGCUGUUAUCUUCAAACACAUCGAGGGCUGGACCACGCUGGAUGCCAUCUACUUUGUAGUGAUCACCCUUACCACAGUGGGAAUAGGAGACUAUGUGGCAGGUGGAAACCGUAGGAUCGAAUACAUGCAGUGGUACAAGCCGCUGGUGUGGUUCUGGAUCCUAGUGGGGUUGGCGUACUUUGCGGCUGUCCUCAGCAUGAUUGGAGACUGGCUUCGAGUGCUAUCUAAAAAGACCAAAGAGGAGGUUGGGGAGUUUAAAGCUCAUGCAGCUGAAUGGAAGGCAAACGUACGAGCCGAGUUCCGUGAAACGCGGCGGCGCCUGAGCGUUGAGAUCCAUGACAAGCUCCAGCGGGCCGCCACCAUCCGCAGCAUGGAGCGCCGUCAGCUCGGCCUGGAGCAGCGGGCUCACUCCCUCGACAUGCUGUCUCCAGAGAAGCGGGCCAUGUUCGCCAGCCUGGAUGCUGGCCGUUUCAAGACGUCGUCUCAGGAGAGCAUUGACACCAAGCUGAACAACCUGAGGCUGAAGGGGGCCUGCGAGUCGUACGACCAUCAGGGGGGCGAGCAAGCGCCGCAGACAGCAUCUUCGUCCGAGGAGAAUCUCUUCAACCUACGCUUCGGCUCCCUCACCAAACUGGCCAGACGUAACAAGAACCGCGAGCUCCGGCGGAACAUCCCUGAAGAUGUCCGACGGGCGAGUGUGGGAAUAAACACUGGCAGCGUCAUGCUGGGGGAGGAGAGGACGGAGAAAGAGGAAGAUGGGGAGCCGCAUGAGGAAAACGGAGAAAGGAAAGAAGGAAACGUCAGCCUGACGAACCUGUCGCAGUACCUGGUGGAGCGCGCCAAGUUGAAUGGAUUCAUACCAGCACAGGCCAAAGACGGAGAAAACGAUUACGUAUCCAGUGGAGGGGCACUUGAGCCAUAGACAAGAAGUGUAGAGACAGAUGUGAGAGUGAGACAGAAACUCAGACAGUCAGACUGAGAAUGCACGACACUUUGAGAUGUCAAGAAAUGUGCCUUUCUGUUUCCCAUGCUUUGAUUGGAACUGCUCCCAGGAAAUUCAGUCAGCGUGCCAUAGCCAUGGGAAGAAAAUGUGUUGCCAAAAAUGAAUAAAACUGAAGAGACAGAAGAGGCUCUAGUUAAAAUACCUCACUGCAUAUUUACUGAACAAUGGGAACAUUUCUACAGGAGCCGUCUUUCCAGCACAGCAGUCGUUUGGCCCUUCGCGGAUCUUAUGAGAUACUUGGGCACUGGCCAUCUGUUCCUGUUGAAUCUUAUAUUUUAGCAAUGUGGGCGGGACACGCAGACAGCCAGAGUCAUGUCACCCAUCUUCGGGAACAUUAUCGACCUCUGCUUUGUCAUCUCAUACUGUGGGGAGCUAUUCUUAGCUUGGCAGCCGGCCACAUAAGGACUACAGCGUUCAACAAAUGCAGAGUGGGAGGUUGUGUUUCUGCUGGAUCAAUAGACAAUACGAGCAUUAUCCUUGCCCACAUGUACAAUUAUUCCUACAUGGUAUGUGUAGCCUUAGGGUAUAAACUCCUACACACUGAGAGCUCAUAAAAAAGCGAUCUAUCUCAAUAGUGCAUGGCUCUGAAAAAACACAACCAGAUCAGUUAAUUGACAGCUGUAAUAAUGUUUCUGUUUGUGGUGAUAAAAUGAAAUAUUGGCCGGCUGCUUUCAGCCACUGCUUUCCUAAAACACAGUGCUGGAAUUCACCCCACAAAGACACAAUUGAUCACCUUUGGCCACGAGAUUGUCAGCAAUGUUGAGUUUUGAACUUUUUUUAAUUUUCUUAUACGACAUUCACAUUAUCACAAAAUGUGUUGAGAUUACCCAAAUUACUUUUUAAAAUAAGAAAUGUGAUGCUGUCGAUUUUCUACUCACUGCGCAUGUCGGCAUCUCUGUUUACUCCUUUUUUAUAUCAGCCAGGGACUUGAGUUGUGUUUUCCAUUGACCUGUAAAUUAUGGACUUAAUAUUUCAUGUUUUCUUUUUGUGUUUCCUUUCUGAAAUACAUCCUGUAGUUAAUAACUCACUGAAAUGUUUAACACAUGAAAGUGACCUUUUUUGCAUUUUAUGAAACAGGUACUGACACUACAGCCAACUUAAAAUUUUACAGAAUUAUUAAGUAUAUCACUAGCAUUUCUAAAAUUAAAUUUCCACAUGCACGCACGCACGCACACACACACACACACACACACACACACACACACACACACACACACACAAACUGGUUGUACAUGUAACCUGUUCACCUGACAUGCAUCACAUAAAACUUUUCAUGACCAUGACCUGUGACAAGCUUAGCGACUAUUUGUUGUGUACAGUUUAUUUUAUGAACAGAUCACAUUAAAUGUAGUGAGUGCCUUUUUUCAGAUAAUAAACAUAAAUUAAAUUUUAA